AUGUCCAGUUCAAUAGAAGACCAUGAGAAAAGUGCAGGAACUUUUAAAGUCCAAUCUGAUCAUGAUGAUAUUGAUGUUCAAAGCUUCAAUGAAGUGGAAGAGGCCAAACUAAAGAAAAUAAUGAGCUCAAGACACUUAUUCAUGAUCUCAAUAGGUUCAGCAGUAGGUAUGGGUUUAUGGUUAGGUGUAGGUGGUUCUCUACACAAAGGUGGUCCCGUUGGUGUCUUCAUUGGGUAUUUGAUAUCAGGCUCGAUAGCAUGGUCAUUGAAUAUGUCCAUUGGUGAAAUCGCUACUCUAUAUCCUGUUUCUUCUGCUUUCCCAAGAUGGUCUGCCCAGUUUAUUGAUCCAAGUAUUGCUGUGACUGUUGGUUGGAUGCAUUGGUGGGGGAAUAUGAUUGGUGCUUCUAAUGAAUUGGUUGGGAUUGCGACUGUGAUGAAGUUUUGGGUUCCAGAUGUGAAUCCAGGUGUUUGGAUAACAGUAGCAUUUGUGUGUCUUGUAUUGAUCCAUGCUUUUGCUAUAAGAUUAUUUGCAGAAGUGGAAAGUUUAAUGUCUGGUGUGAAGUUUCUUUGGGUUAUUGUCGCUAUUGUAACUAUGAUUGUUAUUAGUGCUGGUGGUGCACCUCAAGGACAAGCCAUAGGGUUCCAAUAUUGGAAAUCUGUACCUUUUAAUGGUCAUGGAUUCAAAGGAUUCCUAACAGUUUUACCAUCAUGUGUCUUUGCAAUGGCUGGUAUUGAAAUCAUUGGAUUAGUCGCAGCUGAAUGUAAAUCUCCAAGGAAAUCUGUCCCCAAGGCUGUUAAAUCAAUUUGGAUUCGUAUUGGGUUAUUUUAUAUCUUGGGUUCAUUUGUUGUUACAAUUGUUUUAGAUCCAAAUAAUUCUCAACUGUUAGGUGGUUCAGGUGUUAAUGCCUCACCUUUUGUCAUUGCUGCUCAAAAUUCAGGCCUACCAAGAUUUGCAGAUGCAAUGAAUGCAAUUAUAUUGAUUUCAGUUUUCAGUUCAGGUAGUGCAACUUUUUAUGGAUGUCCAAGAAUUUUAUUAGGUUUGGUUCAUUUGAAAAUGGCUCCUAAAAUCCUGGGUAAAGUUGAUAAAUCUGGUAGACCCUGGGUUGGAUAUAUCUUUACCGGUAUAUUAUCUGGUGGAUUAGCCUACAUUAAUCUAAAUCAUUCUGGUUCAACAGUCUUUGGUUGGUUUUCAAACCUUUGUUCAUUAGUUGCAUUGUUAUUAUGGAGUAUUAUUUUUAUCGUAAACAUCAGAUUGAGAAAAGCUUGGGUUCUCCAAGGUAGAAGCUUGAAUGAUUUGCCCUGGAAAUGUAAAUCAGUUCCAUACACUGCUUGGUAUGGGUUAUUUUGGUCAAUUUUAAUUGUUAUUAUUGAAUUUUAUUUAGCUGUUUGGCCAUGGAAGGAUAAAUCAUCUGCUAAAAAUUUCUUUGCAAAUUAUGUUUCAAUUGUUUUAAUGGUUUUCAUUUACUCUAUUGCCAAAAUAUUCUUUUUUAAAGGUCCUUUGUUAAUACCAUUAGAACAAAUUGAUUUAGAUAAAGGUCGUGCUAUUUAUGAUGAUGAUUAUAUGGCAAAUGAAGGUGAAGAUUUGGGUGUGUUUAGAGGAGCCAUUUAUGAUCUGAGACAUGCAUUUGAUAAAAACAAAUAG